AUGAAAAUCUACCUGCUGCUCAACUUGCAGGCCUUAAAUCUUGUAGCCAGCUACUUCGUGACGCCAUCCCUACAUCAGCUGCUCAACAUGACGGAGCCCUCCAUCAACUGCACACUGGAGCCGCCAACAGCUGAGUUGAACUCCUACAACAACACUGGCACUGUACUGAGGUUAAACACCUCGGACAGUGUGGACUAUGAUGAAGGGUUUAACCUGCUGUUCCAGACCAACAGGAAGGAAAUGAUGAACGUGCCCAUCACAUUCCAGAACUCUCUGCCAUCAUGGCUGACAGGAUACCUUGUUCGCAAUGGCCUAGGGAUGUUCGAGAACGGACCAAGAACUUUCAUGCACGCGUUUGAUGGGUUCGCCAAACUCGCCAGCUGGCGAUUCCUCGGCAACCAGACGGCGUUGUUCUCCACCCGCUUCAUCCGCUCCAACUUCUACAAGAGCUCCAAGAAAAGUGGCACCAUCGCGCCGUACCUGCUGUUCCAGUCUGUGACCCCGGCUUUCUCCUACGUGGAGAAGGUCCAGUGCUUGGUCCGUGGCCUGGACAACAUGAACGUCAACAUUUACGCUUUCUCCCACGCCAAGAGCGGCCAGCAGGAAUACGCGGCGUUGAGCGACUUUUGGAUCCUCUACAAAAUCAACAUCCCGACCCUCGCCACCAAGCAUAAGGUCGUGCCAAAGGUCAAGGACACGUCCAAUUCCCUGUCGUGGCUGCAGGGCAAAGGGUUUUUAGACCUGCUCUCAUCCUCCCACCCCCUGCCAGAACCUGGUACCACCAACCACCUGACCUUCCUGUCCAGUGUGGCGGUCUUACCCUGGGACAGCAACACCAUCAGCUUGAUCCGCAUCGUAUCCAUGAAACGUCGUAAAGUGGUGGCCAAGUGGCCGGUCGAUAGAGUGCCUUACAUGCACUCUUUCUCAGUCACGGCCACCAAGGCCAUCCUUCUGGCCAGCCCAUUCUACGUCAAUGUCGUCUGUAUGGCCACCAAAGCCGAGCCGUUCUCCUGCUUAGACUGGUUCCCCAACGAACAGUCCACGUUUUACAUCGUUGACCUCAAGUCAGGUCAGGUGACCACCAUCAGGACCAGCAACAUCUUCACCAUGCACCACAUCAACGCCUUCGACCUGAGCAAGAAAGAGAUGAUCAUGGACGUUUCCGCCUACCCGUCCCCCGACUUCGUUAGCCAUCUCCAGCUGCGUCUGCUCCGUGACCCCACAGCCAGGAACUCGUUUGACGCCCACGCCAGACUCAAACGGUUCUGCAUCAACAUCCGCACCAAGACAAUACAGGAAGUUCCGCUUGGUAACACCCAAAGUCUGGCUUCGCUUUUAGAUAUGCCUGUGAUCAACGAAGCGUAUCGCUCCAAACAAUACUGCUACGCUUAUGGGUUAGUGUUGAAAACGGAUAAUAUAACAUUGAGUAGCAUUGCUAUAGUCAAGAAAGAUUUGUGUCAGAAUGGGCGUGGUGAUAGGGCGUGGCAGGUGCCAGGGCACUACCCCGUGGAGCCUUGGUUUGUCGCGGAUCCUAGAGGCAGUAGGGAGGAUGAAGGACUCUUGUUGUUGCCGGUGCUGGAUGGCGUCAGGCGAGUCACCUACAUGGCAGUUUUAGACGCCACUGACCUCAGUUUAAUCAACCGCGCUGAUUUGCCCACCAACAUUCCUUACUCGCUUCAUGGUCGGUUUUUUCCUGAUCGACCCAGCGAUUGGCUGUAAAGCGAUCACGUGACUGAAGUACAUCUGGGGUAAUGAAUCUCUUUCUUGAUCUCUUGGUGCAUCAAGUGGCCCACAGUUAUUCAAUGCUUUUAGAAUUCUUUCAAGACAAUGGCGAGCCGACUUGCUCUUGUAGAAUCUACAAGGUUCUACAGCGUUGGGUCUAAUUUAUGCCUAUUUGAAACUAGAGGUCUACUAGAUUGAUUCCGAUAAACAUUUCAUCAUUACAAAUCUGUUGAUCAUUGUAUUUAUUCUUUAUGAUUAGAACAAUUAGGUAGGUGAUCAGGUGAAUAAUUAAAUUAGAUGGCAUAAUUUAAAUAAUUA